UAAAGAAUUCCUUUUUCUUUCCUCCCUAGAAAUCAACCCGGUUUUGGGUGGAUUUGCUUUGACAAAACACAAGGGAUCCAAUGCUCGCCACCACUGUCUCUCUGUCUGAAAACCGCUUUCGCCAGUUCCAUGGUAUAAAUCCCAACUCCACUCUUCUGUGCUCUGUUCCUCCUAACAAAAGUCAGCGCGCCUCACAUCCCCUUUCCCUUUUCCGAGCCGCUGUUGCCCUUCCCCCUUCCCUAUUCGGUCAACGCCGUCGGUUGUACGCGGCACCGGGGAGGGUUAUUUAUAGGAGGGUUUGCUCCCGGGCCGUGCUUAAGGCACGAUUUCCAGUUCUCGGCGGCGGCGAUGGACGACGACAACUGGGAUCUGAGCGCCGUUGUGCGGAGUUGCCGGCCGUCAGGGACAGCGGCGGCGGCGGCGACGACGACGACGACGUCGGACACUUUCUCGUUGUUGCCUCCGCACUCGAGGCAGCUCCUGGCGGCGGAGGGAGGCAAAGGUGGCGCCUUUGUGCUUUCACCGGACGUAAACCAGAGGCGGACCAGCACCUUGGGGGCGGAAGAGCUAUACAACUCCUCGUUCCUCAAAGGCUGGCCACCUCGUUCCACCACAACCACCUCCCCGCUGGCCGCCGUGGGCGGGUCACUUCAACCCCCACCGUGCCGGAGAGCAGACCGGCCUCUCUCCCGAACCCACCGGUCCAGGCGAAGGAAGAGCCAACAGAAGAAGGUGGUGUGCCACGUCCCGGCCGACGGCCUCUCCUCCGAUACGUGGGCCUGGCGGAAGUACGGGCAGAAACCCAUAAAAGGGGUUACUACAAGUGUAGCAGCUCUAAAGCGUGCCUCGCGCGGAAGCAGGUGGAGCGGAGCCGGACAGACCCGGGGAUCUACAUCAUCACCUACACCGGCGAGCACAACCACCCCAUGCCCACCCAUCGCAGCGCCCUCGCCGGGAGCACACGCCACAAGUUUCCAAGUCCUCCCUGCGCCGCCGCUGCCCCGGGGGAUGGCGGCGAGCGCCCCUCCACCGCCGACCCCGAAGCCAGUCCCCUGUCCGCGACCACCGCAGCUGGGCUGUCCCCCGCCACCCCGCUCACUGCCUCCAUGGACGACGAGCCUUUCCGCAGCCGACCAGAGAAAGGGGAAGACGGCGUGGACGAGGAGGAAGAGGUGGAAGACGAAGAUGACGAGGGCCUGCUCCUGGUGGAGGACAUGGAGAUGAUGGGCGAGGACGACUUGCUGUUCGUGAGAUCAGAGGAGAGCGGCCCCGCCUCGGCGACGACGGCGGAGAUGGGGGCGUUGUUCGACGGCGACGCAGGCUUCGAGGACCACUUGCUUCCUCUGCCAUGGCUGUCUAAUUGCAACAGCAACAGCAACAGCAGCAGCAGCAGCAGCUGCCACGGCUGCUACAGAUGACGUCUUCUCCAUCUCCACCUCUCUCAGAGACUCAGCGAUGGCAAAAGUCCACAAUUUUGUCAUCUGUUCCGCUGCUUCUGCUGCUGCCAUUAAUGUGCAAUAUGCUGUCAUUUUUUUACGCUCGCUCUAUUUCUUCGUCUCAUGUUGUGUCUUGUGCAGUAUGCAUAUGUAAUGUAUAAAGGAAGACCCUUUUGUUA